AAAAAAAAAAAAAAAAAAAAAAAAAAGAGUGACGCAGACGUACUGACGUACUGAGGCAACCAACAUGGCGACGCCUAUGCAUCGAUUAAUUGCUCGCAGACAAGCGGAGGCCAACAAGCAGCAUGUUCGCUGUCAGAAGUGUCUGGAACACGGCCACUGGUCCUACGAGUGCACUGGGAAAAGAAAAUAUCUGUACAGACCUUCCAGAACCGCUGAGCUGAAAAAGAAGCUGAAAGAUGGUUCUGAUAAAGCAGCCAGUGGUCCCGGAGAUGGACCAGUGGCUCUGAGUGAAAAGAAAACAAAGAAAAAAAGGUCUAAAUCCUCCAGCGGGUCGAGCAGCAGCAGCAGCAGCGAUUCAGACAGCUCCUCCAGCGACUCUUCGUCAGACAGCGGCGACUCGUCCAGCUCGUUGUCGUCCUCUGAGGAUGAAGACAGCAGCAGCAGUGACAGUGAGGACACUUCCAGCUCUUCCUCUUCCUCAUCCUCCUCUUCCUCCAGCUCUGACUCAGACUCCUCCAGUGGCAGCAGUUCUGAUCAGGGUCCUCCGAAGAAAAGGAAAAAGAAGAAAUAAAGAACUGAGCUGUGUGUAUCUCCAGUGUUUAAUACUUUUAUGAUUCUCUGAUUGUCUCGGGGAAAAUAAUCAAAUCUGUCACCUUUCCUUCGCCGCUGUAAUUCGGAAAGCAGUGGCUGUAAACAGAAAUGAGACAAACAUCGGAUCAUUUCAUCUGCAGAGAAGACACCGAAUGAUCAGAGCGCUGAUUAUUUUUCUGUUGUGUUAUUUGUUACUUCCAGAAGAAAGACAUUUUCUUUACCUUUUCCUUUACUCAUUUUCUCCAGUCCUUUCAUUAUUUUUGUAGACGUUCGGUUUAUGUGGUAAAUGCAGAGGCAUUUUUCUGUUUUCUGGAAAUAAAGGUGCAGCUUGUUUUAUUUAUAUUUCACAGGGAAUGAAUGAAUGAAUAUCAGCUCUGUAUUCCUGAGUCGCUGUAUGUAACAUGAUGUUAAAGCGCGCGUGUGUGUGUGUGUGUGUGUGUGUGUGUGUGUGUGUGUGUGUGCUGAUCUGACCAGACCGUCUGAAAUAAACUGAGGUUUUGUUUCUACACACGAACUCUGUAACGCAGACACAGACGGCUCGUUUGAACAGAAGAGGCUGAUCGUUUGAUUAAGAAUCUUAAUGAAACUCAUUCCUUUCCUUUUUUUUCUUUUGUUUUGGAGACAAUUAAGAAUAAAUUAAAGGUUGUAUUUCUCGA